AUGUUCGAUGAUAAAUACAGUCCGAGAAAAUUAGGAAAUUGGGAAUACCCAAAAUGGUAUCCUGAUAGACCAAGACAACGUCAUAAAACAACAAAAAUAAUUGCCGAUGAUAAAGGGCGAUUGUUGGAUGGCAUAAAAAGAGAAAAUCCCUGGGGAAACUAUAUAGGAACGUGGGAUUUACCAAAGAGAAUAACGCGAGAUUACAUAAAAAAACUUGUGGCACCGCCGGAAAGACUUGUAAAAUUAUGGGAUAAAAAAAAACAACCUGAAGUAACUCUUAAAGUUGAAGAACCUCGCAUUGAAGAAAACCAAGAAGAAAAAAAUUUAGAAGAAGGUACUUGUAAAAUAUGUGGAAAAUUAUAUGCCGAUUGUACCUGCGAAAAAGUUGUACAAUCAAAAUCCUCGGAUUCGAUUGAUGAAGAGGAAAAAUGUGCUGAACCCCUCACAUGUCCCAAAUGCAAUAAUGAUAUUUGCCUUUGCGAAGAUAAAUGUCAAUGCAAUUUUUCGACCGACGGCAAAUAUUUAACAUCAGCCGAAAAAUGUUUUCUAAAAAGAAAUAAAUCUUCUUCGGCGUUGAACCUUCAUUCUCCAGCGAAAAAAUUCGAUUCGGAGAUCGUAACGAAAGAAGAAGAAGAACAAGAUGUCGAUUUAAAAAAAUCAAAUUCGAUCGAUGAAAGAAUAAAAAAAAUUUUAGAAUCCGUUGAAGAACCUGCGAAAGAAAAUACCGUGAAAGAUUUUUGUCCGGAAAUAAAAGCAUUAUCCAAACAUAACCGAGAAAAAACAAACGUGGUGUCAUCCGAUCUUGCAUCGUUGGUGGAAAAUGGGAAAAAUUUUAAAAAAAGUGAAAAUUUAUUAAAUUCCUACUUGGAGGAUCACGUUAAUAAAUACGAAGAAGUGAGAGACGAAAUCGAUUUUGAAAUAAAUGAAGAAAAAUCUAAAGAAAUGACUGACGCCAAUGACCAAACGGAAAAUGUGGAAAAUUCGCCACAAAACAAAGACGCAACCAUGAACUUUAAUAAUUAUUCUAACGUGGCGAAAAAAUUUCACGAUGAUAACCUCAAACACCAACCUCUUCCGGAUGUCAUCAAUGAUCCCAUGUAUAAAGCUCUCAUUAGUGAUAGAUAUCCCUUUCCAGGUGAAUCCCUAAAAGUUGGUACGAUGCCAACGGCAAUCGGAUGGAAGAAUUAUUCCGUACCUGGACCGACCGAAUGUUCAAAGUUAAAAAUCUUUCGUCCGAAAACAGCAUCGGAUCCCAAGGUAAAAAAAGUAAAGGAAGAAAGACCGAAAACUUCGAAAAAUUAUGUACCCAAAAAGGUAUUACCCAUCGAUUUAGCAAUCUGUUGGGAUUUGAAACCUGAUGACUCCAUAAAAGAACCGAAAAGGAGUUUGCAUAUAGAUGGAAGUAACGGUUGCAUCGCUCCAGCCGUUUUUACGAUGAUUCAUCAACAAGAUAAUUCCAAAGAGCAAAACGUUUCCGGUUCGUGUUUGCCUUUGGCUGAAAAAAUAAGUCCAGGCAUCGAGGAAAGCAAUCUGGCAAAUUUACCGUCUCAGGAAGGUGGAAAAAUACAAAAUUCUGUAUUAAAAUGUCCGAUCAAUAAAGAGGCCAUCAUGUCUUGCGUAAAAGCAUCUCCGAAAGAUAGCAAACAAUCGGAUAGUCCGAUGAGUUUCACUUCCGUUUUGACAAACGUAAGUAAUAAAACUCGUGAAAAUUCAAAAACUUUUUUGUCUAACGAGGAAGCGAAUAAAAUUCUAACAAGAAAACUCAUGACGUUACAAAGGGAAAAAGAAAAGAAGGGAAAUUAUUUCGAUCCUAAAAAGUAUGUUUUCAACAGUAAUAAUAAUAAUAAUUUCAAUUGCGGGUCUUAUAAUGAUAAAAAAAUAAAUCACAGCACGCCAAAUUUGGCUUCAAAAUGUAGCGGAAGCAAAUGCGGUACCGACAAAACCAGUCAAGACUCGUUUAAUAAAAAUAAAAGUUUGACGAAUUUGAGUAGGGGAUCAAGUGAUGGAAGUAAAUAUCCACAAAUAAACAAAGAUGAAAAUAAAAGUAGAUCGAGUUCGGGACAUUCGAAAUCUCACGGAUGUUCCCACAACGAUAAUUCUGGAAAAACCGAAAACAAAAAUACGACGAAAACGGAAACGACAAAGAGCGACAGUCCAAAUUCUUCGGGAUCGUCACUCGGUUUAAAAUCUUAUAAGGGAUCUAAAAAUCACGUAGUGAUCCCUGGAAAGAAAAAAUAUUCCAUCGGGACUUUACUACCACCGUUUUCGUAUUGGCCGCAAAAUAACAGUCAAAAUUAUCCGGAACACUGGAGACUUGCCAGCGUGUACCAACACUCUUACAAACCAAUAAAUAAUAGAAAAAGGCCACUGCUGGCAAGUGUUUUCCAGUAA